UACAAACCGGCGUUAAGCGACGUCGUUUGGUUUGAACAGGCAAAAGAAAUCAGCGCCCCGAACCGUCGCACCAGCAAGCGUUGCAAAAAUGGAGGAGGAAAAAGCAGCGGCGUACUACGACGAGCUGACUCGGCGCGGCGAAGGAGCCGCCCGAUUCAAACAAGGCCUCGGCUUUUCUUCCGCAAACUCGGAUUCCGAAAAUACCCCUGUGCGCGGUUCAGCGCUGGCGUAUUCCACCUCGUCCUCCUUCCUCAGUAAGUUCGUCAAGGCGUCCAGCCCGAAGAAAGAGUCGGAGCUCCGAAAUCAGGCCCAAAUCGAGUCCAUACAGAACAAGCUCAAGAGGAAGAGGCCCGACGCGGCGGAGGAAAGAGAAGAGAAACAACCGGCUAGGGUUUCGCAGAGAGAGAAUAAGCAUUCGAGGAAGCGGAGCAGGAGCAGGAGCAGAGAGAGGCAUUCGAGGCGGAGAAGUAGACGACGGAGAGGGAGGAGCCGGAGUCGGAGUUGGUCGCCUCGGGAUCGGAGAAAGGAGCGGCGGAGGAGUCGGAGCUCGUCGCCGAGGGAGAGGGGUUCGGAGAGGACCAAAGGUAAAUCGGGGAAGGAGAGGAAAGGCGGCGGUGCUGAUUAUUCCAAGCUGAUUGAGGGCUAUGAUAAGAUGUCAGCGGCCGAGAGAGUGAGGGCGAAGAUGAAGCUUCAACUGGCCGAAACUUCUGAGAAGGAUACGGCGAAAGGGAUGGGCUCAGGUUGGGAAAGAUUCGAGUUCAACAAAGAUGCACCACUUGAUGAUGAAGAAGUUGAAGCUGCUGAUGAUGAUGCAGUACUAGUUAAGCACAUUGGCCAAAGCUUCCGGUUUUCUGCAGUUGAGACAAAAAGGGAGGAGCAGCUCAGAUCUGCUCAUGAUGAGGCUAUGUUUGGUGCAUCAGAUGAUCGACCGACCAUUGUGAUGGAUAGUGAAAUUGAGGAAGAGAACGACACAAAGGAUAGCAAAGAAAGUGAGCCUACAACUACAGUCCUCUUGAGUGAUACGGUACUUGCAAAGAAACAAGGUUCCUGGCGUGAUCGUAUACGUGACAAAAGGAAUUAACAUGAUCUGAAGCCGUAGACAAGUUGAGGGUCUGGAAUGGUGACCGAAGGGGGAGACAUGUAUUUCGGCAUGGAACAUUCUAAUACUACCACUUGGGUUUUGAUAUGAAGUUACAUGAUGGAGUUGACAUUGACAAUGAAGAAGCUUCUGCAUUGAAGUUAGAGGCCGUAGGAACUUCCAUUGUCGAAUCAUUUAUCCUGAAUCAUCCCUCUGUUCGAAAACAGCAUUUCUGGAGUGUGUCCCCAAGCUCACGCUCCUUGAUGAAAAGAGUUCGAGCAUGUUGCGCUGUAUUUUGGCCUAGGAAAACAGCGGCAGUGUAGUCGUAUGAGUAGGCCACUAGUUGUACUUGUAUUGUACGUGUGUUCGCAUAUAAUGUUUUAACAUGUUCUAAUACAAAAUUUGAUUGCGAGUUUA